AUGAAUAUGCCGCAUCCGAGAAGAACUCCGCCCAGAAAUGCAGUGAUAGAUACUGGGACGCAGGAUCGUAGGAAGAGACAGAAAUUGAGCCAUACUCCUGAACCCGAAACAUGCAGGCAGAAUCCGCAGACAAUCGGCGAUGAGGUCCCUCGUUCGGUUAGGGUCCUAACCAACCAGGAAUCUGGCGAAUCCGGUUCCUCAGAUCGAAGUGCAUCCAAAUGGUUCGACAAUGCAGCUCACAAAGCUAUGCCAGCACAGUACGGAUCACCCGAAGUCGAUGAUGAACCUCCAUUUUAUAUGGAUAGUCGUGCGGACUAUGUCCCUACCAAUUUCGUCGCCUCAGAUUGCGAUCGCAUCUUCGGAGGUAGGCCUUCUCAAAUGGACAGCGAGAACGAGGAUUUAAGAGGAGUCAUCGAUGACUUGACAGUAGAGAACAAGCGGCUCAAGCAUAUGCUGCGUUCGCAGAAGUCGAGUCGUCCCGCUUCCAGUGUGGCCUCCCAACAACAGGACAAACUCUUUGAAGUUCGAAUGCAUGGUCUGCCCGCAGCAAAGAGGAAGGAGUUGGAAUACCUACUCAAGAAUUUUGCUACGAGUCUGCACGGCUCCGCUGGGCCAAAGUCUGGUUCUACUUCUCAAACUCCUUCAUCUGCCCCAGACAGUGGACAAGGAGCACCAGCCAGGAUUCUCCGGACUGAUUCAGGCUAUGGUUCGAACUCUGUCUCCGGCAAAGAUGGAUCGAACGACCCCAAGCUAAACACUCUGCAAAGGUCAUCCAAGAACAAAGCUGUGAAGACUUACCUGCAAGAUAUACCCGAUACUCUACUUCCUAGGCGCAACCCUAUGAUGAGCGAACGCGCAAAACAAGCGAUUAUUGUACGACGUCUUGAACAAUUGUUUACAGGUCGGACUGCUGGCCCUGGAAAUCAUGACCAGCCUAUACAACAGCAAGAGAUCUCACACUCAGCUGCACGUGCGGAUAGACUGCAAGACUUAGGAAAUAACAGGAAACGCAAGGCUGAGGGUAGUCGUGAAGCUCAUGUCAUGCCUGCUGAUCCACCAACCAGUCUCGACGCAGUGGAUGAUGUCGAAUCAGGGGGAGCGAAUAAAUCUCUCAAGGAGGACGCUGCAAAGCGAGUUGACCCUCCGGAACAACGACCAACUCGACCCUUGGAUCUCGACAUCAACCGAGCUCAGGUCGCAGCUGACAAUCUUUCUUAUAUCCGGCACCUUGGAUUGUCAUCAUCCAGACCUGGUAUUGUAGAUGACGAGCAUAGUUCGUGGAUAUUUUUAAACUUGCUCUCCGGUCUGGCUCAACUACAUACACUCAACGUCACACCCGACCAGGUUCGGAAGGCCAUCCAGAAGCUAAGCAACCGGUUCGAGGUCAGUAAAGACGGUCACAAGAUACGUUGGAUUGGUGGCUCUGAGGGUACAAAAUUCAGUGCAGAAGACGAGAAGGAGAUCGAGAACGCCGAGCUUCAUUCACAAGAAGUGACCGAGGACGCCGGCACUGGAGGAGAUGGUAGCAGUCGGUCAAAGACCAGCAAUAGCACUUCAAAUGCUGCCAUCACAUCACACACUCCUUCAGAAGACAAAGCGAGUGGGCUGCACACCAGUAGUGGCUCCCAUGGACAAAACCUUACAACCUCUGCCCUGUCCAACCCGCCGACCUCGUCCGACCUUUCCAAACCACUCAAGACUAGCUCCGCUUUUGACUACAAACCUAUUCGAUUCAGAGGUAAUAUGCAGGUAGAACACGACGAUGUUGGGUCGGAUGAAUCGUUCGACAGUCACUCAGGAGACUCCAGCGGGCUUGUACAUGCACUCAGUGCCUCGAAUUUGAACCAACAAACCAAGGAGGAGGGGCCGAUCACCUUCUUCAACAACCCAUAUUUCUGCAGUGACUUCAGCUCGGACAAAGAGCCGUCAAAUAUGCUCACUCCUCGGCCAGUAAUUAUAGGCGAGACCCUGGGUGAACCAGUACCUGCACACCUUUGCGAGUCACCUCUACGAUAUCAUGAUGCCACCUAUUUCACGACUCACUUCGCGCCCAAGCCUUUCGACGCGGAUCUAUUGUCUACAGCAGAUAGAGAGAGAUUCGACAAGUCUCUUCCUAAGCUGCCGGUCCUUGAGCCUAUCCUCGAAGCUGGCGAAGCAGAGACAGUUCCGAUGGAGAUGCAGGCAUGUGGCUUAGGUGGAACUACGCCCGAGGACAAUUUUGCACUUGACGUCAAAGUCAUUAGAACAGUUCUUCCAUCAACUGGACCAGGUGCUGUGUUUCAGACACUGCCUUUUUCGAGACGGAGACUGCCAAGUAAAUUUCAUACCACUAUCUCUGGCUGUCAAAAACUUGAUCUGCUUCCACCGAAGUUACCACCUCCUAGCUAUGUUUUCUUCACUUCGAGUUCGUCAUCCCACACGGGUGGAACCGACGAAGACGAGCUCUCAGAUGAUGGUGACAGCUCUGAUACUAGCAGCGCGCCUCAAGUCGAUGAAGAGUAUCCUGCUCCUCCUGCCUUUUUGCAGAAAUUCUCGCAUAGCUCGGGAGGAGAGCAGGCAGAAGAUGAAGACGACGAUGACGACUCUUCAGAGAUUGAUAUGCUUGCUAUCGCACGACAGGCCAACCCUGAACAGAUUGCUGAGCAAGAACGAGUCUAUAUGCUUACCCAGCCUGGGUACAGGCCACGAGCCAUCGCUGGUAGUCUUGCUGCAACUGUUGGCGCCAGCCAAUCUACUACUUCUAUUCGCGAUGGAAUUGCUGGUCCAUCGACUCGAUCUGAAUACAGCUCAAGACGUGUUGAAGGGAGUGACGAUGGAAUGGAAGAUGCGUAA